AAAAACUUGUUGAGCCGUACUAAAGUGUACCGUGUUAAAUGAUGGAAAACUUGUUCGGGCGCUUGAUCAAACGCAAGACGACUUCAGAAAGUACGACGACUCACAAGAACUCCCUUCUUCCAUAGGGUUUAUUUCUAAAAGCUUCAUCUCUUCGCUGAUUUCUCCAUUAAGCAAAAAUCAUUAAUAUAUUAAAACACUCCUUCAAGUUUCUUCCUCUCUGGCUCGUUUUUCGAAUCUUCUCUGUUGAUUUGCUUGGGUUGAAGAUUAUAUGUAUGUGCAAAAAGAUGUUGUAUUGGCUCUGAAUUUGGCGGUUGGAGCGCCGUUUAAGUUUUAACCAUGGGGAUGUAUGGUCAAGGGAGUUACAAUUCUCAGUCUGGGCAGGGUCCUAAUUGGCCUGUGCCACCACCAUACCAGCAGCAGCAGCUGCUUCGUCCUCCUCUUGAUUUCCAACAAGGCAAUGCUGCCGCACCUCCUUCGGUAAUUCAACCCAGCUGUGACAGAGACACUGAUGAUCUACACUAUAAUGGGAAACAAAAGAAACAAGGCAGAAGUCGAAGUCGAUCACCUGUUGAUCAGUGGAGGAGGACAAGUCCAUGGACGAGAAGGGAGAAACAAAGCCAAUAUUGGAGCUGGUCUCUCCAAAAUCAAAGGAGGAGCAGGUCUCCCAGAAAUUGGAGAAGCAGGAGUAGGUCUCCCAGAAAUUGGAGAAGCAGGAGUAGGUCUCCCAGAAAUUGGACAAGCAGGGGUUGGUCUCCCAAAAAUCGAAGAAGCCGGAGCAGGUCUCCAGGAAGGCAAAGAAUCUGGAGCAGGUCUUUUCAUUAUAGGCAUGUUGGACGUUUCAGUAAUGACAGCAUGAGACGGGAAAGGGGCCAGAUUCCAGACUGUAUUGACUUCAGUCGAGGCAGGUGCUACCGUGGAGCAUCUUGUCGGUAUCUGCACCAUGAUUCUGACAGGGGUGAGGGAUCAAAGUACUGGAGGAGCAAACAAUUGUACUUGGAAGUUCCACGUAUUCCAAAUAACUCUAAUAUUCAUGAAGACUACAAGCAUAACUUAUCAAAAGCAUCUGAUAAAGAGCGUAAUGAAGUCAAGAUUACAGAAAUGAAACGUUGUGAAAAUGUACCUGGUAACAGCUCUGGUCAAUUAAUUGAUUUUCACGCAAUUAAAUCAGGAAGUUCCAGAGAGGCUGCUGCUGAAGUGUCAGAAACACAGAUACUUGAAGGGCAGAAAGAAGGGCCUACAGCUCUCAUUAAUAAGAUCUGGCGGGAAUCAGUUGAGUCUCAAAAUUCAAAGUUGGUGGUUGGUUUUCCUCAUGCUUCUCAAAAUGAGCUUCCUCUGGAGCAAUCUGUAGUUAAGCAAUCUCAAUCUAAUCUGUCAUAUCCAGUGGAGAAUGCAUCUAGUAAGGAUGGUAGUUCUGUUGAAAGUUCAUCUGGUCUCAGAGAAAAAACUUCUGAUGAUAUAUCUGACCAUGAUACUUCCUGCAAGUAUCCAAAGCAGCAGAAUGCGAAGUUGGAGACCAAUACAAAAGAAAUAUCUCCUCCAUCACAUUUGGAUGUAAUGAAAGAUGAUUGUUCUGUAAAUGAAACUUAUAAAGAAGAGAAUUGUCAAGACUUGUCUUACUGUGUUCCAAUAACAGCAUGUAUUGGUCAUUCGAAAAAGAAGCUUCUUGUACUUGAUGUGAAUGGAAUUCUUGCAGCCAUUUCUCAACUGCCUGUUCGUGAGGGAUGGAAGCCACAUUAUAUAGUAUCAAGAAAAGCAGUGUUUAAGAGGCCACAUUGUCACAGUUUUCUGCAAUUUUGCUUUGAGAGAUUCAAUGUGGGAAUUUGGACCUCAAGAAUAAAGAAGAAUGUUGAGAGAGCAGUUCAAUUUCUUCUGGGUGAUUUCAAACAUCAUUUGCUUUUCUGUUGGGAUGCAUCCCACUGCAGUGAAACAGGACUCACUGCAAUUGGGGAUCAGGAUAAACCCCUUGUUCUGAAGGAGUUAAAAAAGUUGUGGGUGAAAGCUGAGUGUGGUCUUCCAUGGAGAGAGGGAGAGUAUAAUGAAACAAACACCUUGUUGGUGGAUGAUUCACCAUAUAAGGCCUUACGCAAUCCAGCUUACACUGCAAUAUUUCCCUAUUCAUACCAGUACUGGGAUACUGAAGAUAAAUCAUUAGGACCUGGUGGUGAUCUUCGGGAGUAUCUGGAACAGUUAUCUCAUGCUGAGAAUGUUCAAGAAUUUGUUAGACAAAAUCCAUUUGGUCAACCACCUAUUAAUGAAUCAAAUCCACAUUGGAGUUACUAUAGUCAGGUAUUCUGCACCAAUUCAAGCCAAUCUGAUAACGUUGGCGAUACUUCCCUUGUUAAUACCAAUGUAGAUCACAAAACACCCCAGCAAACACUUUCCCAAAUUGUUUCUGAUCCCCAGUGACAAUAAUCAAGCUACUUAUAGGAUAUUCUGUGAUAUAGCAAGCCAAUCCAGGAUAUUCACCAUAGCUGGCAAUUUUUAGGAGAAAAAUCCAGAGAUUCACUGAGAAUGAUUGGUUGUUAAGUUUUUUAUCACAUUGGAUUUGCACUUAGUCUAAUAACCGUAGGUGAAAUUGUCCCGGGUGGCAUCUACUAUGAGAUGAAUAUGUCAUUUUUGUUGACAUGAGCCCUUGAUUCUCGUCUUUUGUCUCAUGUUAUUUAUUGUUGAAAGUAACUGAUUAAUCUUCACAAAUAUUGUGAGCAAAGGGCUUGGAUAAAGUUGUAUCAUUUUGUUUGAUUUUGCAUCAGUUGUUGUAGUAACAAGAUAAGUUUUUUGGUUGUGGGUUAAUCUUCUCUACAUUAACUUCAA